UGUUCUUCCCUUCAAAUUGAAUCAAGGGCCAAUUCUGUUGGUCGUGACCUCUCCGUGAUGAAAGAUCUUUGGACACAAAUCAUCUCUCAAAUCCUAGGCUGGACAUACUUCGUCUUGUGGUCACUGUCCUUUUACCCGCAAGUCCUGCACAACCACCACCGCCGCUCAACUGACGGCUUCUCUAUCGACUUUGCACUUUUGAACACGCUUGGAUUGACUGCAUAUACUGUUUUCAAUGCCUGCUUUCUGUUUUCGCCGGUUGUGCGCGCCAGCUAUAGCCAGCGACAUCCACGGAGCCCCGAGCCAACUGUCCAAUGGAACGAUUUCGUCUAUGCCCUCCAUGGGACCUUGAUCUGUUACUGGAUAGGCAGCCACUUCCUCUGCGCCCGGUUCUGGAACUUCCAAUCCAACCCGCAACGGGUAAGUACUUCGGCCUUCGUAGUCUUCUGUGGCUGCCUGGCAGUGAUAGCCCUAGCCGUUCUGUGCGUUCCUCUGUUUAUGUCGUGGGAAUGGAUUGAUGUGGUCUACGUGGUCGGCAUGACCAAGGUUUUCCUGACAGCCAUCAAAUACGCUCCCCAGGUGGUGAUGAAUUAUAGGCAGCAGUCGACGGCGGGGUUUUCCAUUGGGGCAGUCUUACUGGAUCUGUCGGGCGCAGUGCUGUCGCUGAUGCAGCUUGUACUGGACUCCUCACUGCAGGCGGACUGGUCAGGCACCGUGGGCAACAUCGCGAAACUCAUGUUGGGUAACAUCACUGUCCUAUUCGAUUUCAUCUUUAUCUUCCAGCACUUUGGUCUGUACCGAAAGCGACCAGCGGGGAAGAAUCCAGGACUAUCGGAGCAUAACCCUCUCCUGGGUAGCAGCCAUGGGAUAUAA